CGGCAUGGCGCGGGGAUCCCCCCUGUCUACAGGUCAACCGAACCUCGGCCAUCCACGUCCCCUUACCAUGCAGCUGCUCCUGGUCGCCGAGCAGACAGCCCUCCUGCAGAAGGUCACGAGCCAGUACCAACCCACCCUGGAGCCUCUUAUUACCGAGCAGGGUCGUGUCGCCAUCACACCAGUCCUCACCGUCACUCCGCCUCAACCUGCUCCUCAGAGAUCUCAAAAUCAAUACUAUGGUAAUGCGCAGCCACCCACUACCACAACCACUACCCUCUCGCUGUCGUUGGGCUGCAGCGUCGAGCCUGCCGAGCCCGUCCUGGUCCACUGCAAGCUCGUCGUGAGUGACCGCCGGAGCAUCCAAACCAAAGACUCAAAACCUCCGCAAACUAAGGAAGUAGAAGCUCGCGCCAUCCUCCAAACGGGUUUAACAAAUGUGUCAUCAGUGGGUACGCUGAGCUUCGACCAUCCCUUCGAGAAGGUGACCAUCCUCUUCAGGGUGUACGACAUCGUCGACGGCCGCCCCGCGUCGGGCCUGAUCCAACGUCUCAACCGGGCCCGCCUGGAGGGCAGCCGCUCCUGCGACGUGAAGCUGGUGGUGGACGGCGUGGAGCUGGACGCGCACCGCGCCGUGCUGGCCGAGCGCAGCCCCGUGCUCAACAGGAUAUCUCAAAAUCAGACCACAAACAAGGAACGCAUUUCAGACUUCAGCAAUACCAGGACCAAGAAAGGAUUAAACGUAAUUACAUUUCUAACAAACCCUCAUGGAAAGGAUUCAAAGUCAACAAGUCACUGGUGUGGUUGA